AUGGCGAAGUUAGAUCUCCCUGGUGUCUGGAGAGACAUCAAGACAUAUCGGCGAGCGUAUAUUCUCACAGCCGUUGCGUCCUUUGGUGGUAUGCUCUUCGGUUGGGACACGGGACUCAUCGGCGGCGUCCUCACAAUGGACGCCUUCCAACACUCGUUCAACCUGGACAAGGACAGCAAAGACUUUGCCAAUCUGCAGGGCAACAUCGUGUCCGUGCUGCAAGCAGGCUGUUUCUUCGGUGCCAUGUCCUCGUUCUACGUGAGCGAUAGAUUUGGGCGCAAGAUGGCCCUCAUCAUUGCCGAUGCCAUCUUCAUCGUGGGAUCGAUUGUGCAGACGCUCUGUGCGCUGGGCACCACGAGCUUGACCCAGCUUUACAUUGGCAGAGUGAUUGGUGGAUUUGGCGUCGGACUCAUCUCAGCCGUGGUGCCAACCUACAUUGGAGAGAAUGCACCCAAGGAGAUUCGCGGUCGCUGCAUUGGCUGUAUGCAGCUCUUCAACGUGACGGGCAUCUGUCUAUCCUUCUUCGUCAACUACGGCAUCGACCUCGACAUUGAGAGCCCGACCGACUCGGCCAAAUGGCGGGUUCCUUUUGCACUGCAGAUGCUGCCCGGGGUUCUGCUCUUUGCUGGCAUCAUCUUCCAGAACGAGAGUCCUAGGUGGCUGGUGGAGAAGAACCGGUUGACGGACGCGGCCAAGGCAUUGGCGACGGUGCGACGCAAGGCUGUCGACGACCCAGAAGUGGUGCAGGAGCUGGAUGAGAUUAUUGCGGAUUACAAUGGGCACGAGAAGAUGCCUAUGAUGGCACAGCUCAAGGCGGCGUGCAAGGGAAAGAGGAUGAUCUAUCGAUCGAGUUUUGUGGUCUUGCUCAUGUUCUUUCAGCAGUGGACUGGCACGAACUCGAUCAACUAUUAUGCGCCUCAGAUCUUCCGACAGAUUGGUCUCGUGGGAACCUCGUCUGGGCUAUUUGCUACUGGUGUCUACGGCAUUGUCAAGAUCGUCGUGACAGCCAUUGGACUGAUGGCGUUUACGGAACAAAUGGGACGCAAGUGGUCUCUGAUCAUUGGCUCGGCCGGUCAGGCGUUUGCCAUGUUCUACAUUGGCGUGAACCAGGCCGUGCACCCACCCACCGGUGAACUGGACGGCAAUUCUGUUUUUGCCAUUGUUUGUGUCUACCUCUUCGUCGUGUUCUACUCGUUUGGCUGGGGUCCCACGCCCUUUAUCCUGAGCUCCGAGUGCAGUCCCAACCACGUCCGCUCGCUUCUCAUGGCCGCCGCGCUCAUGACGCAAUGGCUCUUCAACUUUGUCAUUGCCAAGAUCACGCCACUGAUGCUGGCUGAUAUCACGUACGGCACGUUUUUGCUAUUUGGGUCUCUCUGUAUCGUCAUGGGCAUCUGGACCGUGUUUUGUGUGCCAGAGACCAAAGGGGUGCAGCUCGAGUCGGUGGGGCUGCUGUUCGAGGGCGACAUCAUCAAGGGCUGCCUGCAGGACACGAUUCCCAGCAAGUCGCGGGCGCGCAAGCUGCGAGAGGAUGCGCUCAUGGCGAAUGACAGCGACUCGAGACAUGGCGGGGUGGGAAAGAAAGGGGCAAGAGUCGAGCAGAUCGAGGAUGUAUAG